AUCCUUCUCAAAAAAAAAAAAAAACUAUUGUUUGGAUCACAUUCCUUCUUUUUAAAUUUUGUCUAGUAUCAGUAAUAGAUGCCAAUUCUUACGUGGGGUUAGUUAAUUUUUAGACACGAUUGGUUGGCACCUUUAAUUGUGUCCCCAACUUGACCCAUUCAUGGUGGCUUCCAUUUUUAUGAGUCAUAAAUCAACCUUAAUUUUUGGCUAUUGAAAUAAUAUCCUUGUUUUAAACAAUUAGGACAUUUUCUUUUUCAAUCCCAUAUUGUGCUUGUACCAACUCUUGCUUUUAAUCUUAUUAUCAUCCAUGUACAUCAGUAGCAUAAUAAUAUUGCAAGCAAAAUUUUAUUCUCAAGUUUCAAUAACAACAAGACGAUUCUAAGUCUUGAAUCCCAGAAAGCAGCCAAAUCAAUCAAGCAAGAAACAACAACAAUACACUUAGGCCAAGGAAUUAGAAAAUGUCGGGUGUAACUCUCUAUGGCUCCUCGAUCGGAGCCUGACAAAACCACCACUUCUGAAACAACAAAACCCCAACAAAAGCCAAUUUCUCAGCAGCAGCAACAGUCUGUGAUGGGUGGUGUAAUGGGAUCACUGCAUGUAAUAGAGCUCCAGCUCGUAGCCUUUAUCAUGGUUUUCUCAGCUAGUGGUCUUGUCCCACUUCUUGAUUUAGUCUUUCCUGCCUUUGCCUCUGCCUAUCUUCUAGUUCUCUCUCGCUUGGUCUUCCUUGCCCAUGGUAGUGUUAGCUCUGGAUCACAGGAAAUUUUGCAGGGAAGCAAAUUCUUUAGGUUCUAUGUGGUUGUGGGAACCACAAUAGGGCUUUUCUUGCCCCUGGCAUACAUUUUGGGUGGUGGGUUUGCUAGAGGAGAUGAACAUGCAGUUCGAUCAGCAACACCUCACUUGUUCUUACUCUCUUUUAAGAUACUCACUAAGAACAUCAUUAUUGGGCUGUAUUUGUUUUCACCACCAGUGAGAGCAUUGGUUCCAUUGCUCUAUACAGUUCGGAGGGUCUUUGUAAUCAUUGAUUGGAUAAAGGACGUGUGGGUUAACAAAACACUGCCUGCAAAUGCCCAACUUAAGAACAUUGCUUGGUUUUGGUUCGGGAGGAGCCUUGCAGUUGCCAAUCUAGUGUAUUUCUCAAUCAACCUGUUCGGGUUUUUGAUUCCACGAUUCCUUCCAGGGGCCUUUGAGAGGAAUUUCAGGGAAAGGGAUGAGAUUCGUGCCAAGACUGCGGAAGACAAGCGUUCUGCAGUUAUUAACAAAUCCCAGCCAACAGAUAAUAAGAAGGCAGAUUAGUGCUUUUCUUGCUUGGUCCCAAGUAGUAUGAAUAUAGUUUUGGGAA